AUGGCCAAGGAAGCGCCCGUCAAGACCGGUCUUGCCACCGGUCUCAACCAUGGACACAAGACCACCGCUCGUGUCGUCAAGCCCCGUGUCUCCCGCACCAAGGGCCACCUGAGCAAGCGCACCGCUUUCGUCCGUGACGUCGUCAAGGAAGUCUCCGGCCUUGCUCCCUACGAGCGCCGUGUCAUCGAGUUGCUCCGCAACUCCAAGGACAAGCGUGCCCGUAAGCUCGCCAAGAAGAGGCUCGGCACCUUCGGCCGCGCCAAGAGAAAGGUCGAGGAGAUGACCCGCGUCAUCGCCGAGUCUCGCCGUGUCGGUCACUAA